AUGGCUUCCGCCGGCCAUGCAGUUCCUCUAACAGCACAUUCGCACCCCGACAAUCCCAUACCAGAAGAUCCUUCGCGGACUCGGAAACUGUCCACGAGCACAUCGCAGCUUAGUCAAUCGCCGAUUUCAAGGAUCACCACGACAGGCACCUACUCCGAUAACGACGCCUCGAGUAUAGACACCGCCCCUACUACUCCCGCCGAGAACUCGUCCGACGAUUCCUUCGACGAACGACACGGCCAGACAUACUCGAAGACUCAAUCUCCUAGAAAGAGACGAGCUUCGACAGUAUUGGUCUCUGAAGAUUCCGAAGAUGCGAGGCGGUUCCUGGGACAAACUGGCACGGCCACCGCCAUGGUACAAAAGGCGUGCUGUGGUGGAGGUUGCUGUAUGCUGCAAGAACUGAGAGCGAAGGGCAUUCCGGGAGGUGCCAACCCGGUCAGGGAGCCUGACAACGCUGCCUACCGGAGUCUGAAGCUCAAGCUCGGCGCCCUGAGCAUGGACAGCGAGCUGACCGGAAUCGUCGACAUGCCCACCAAGACAGUUACGUUCGAACCACUCUCUUCCUCUACAAAUACCACCUAUGCCCAACCGCCACAACGACACACCACCGAAGUUCUCAAGCACCCACCUAAUUUCGUGACCCCUCACCCACCUUACCAAGUCUACUCUGCUCCUCUCUUCCACGCGCGCGAAUUGACAAAACCCGGGGCCGAGAAAAGGACAUACCAUUUCGAUAUUGACGUGACAGAUUAUCCCGUCGAGGGCGGCGAUGUUGAUUUUGUUGUUGGAGGCGCAAUCGGCGUAUGCGCGCCGAACUCCCCCGAGAUGGUGGAAAAGGUUUUCAACAGGUUGGGCGUACCGAGCUUCGUGCGGGAUAAACCGAUCUUGCUCAAGACCACGUCAGGAAGGUGGCCGACAAUCUGGGGCGACGAUGCUCCUAGAGAGCUGGUCACGACGAGAAGAGAGCUGUUGACCUGGUGUUCUGAUAUCCAAAGCUACCCCCCGACGAAACAAUUGUUCCGCCUGCUGGCAGAAUAUGCCGAAGAUGAGCACGAGAAGAUGAUUCUGAUGUAUCUGUCUUCGGCGCAGGGUCAGGGCACAUUCUGUGACCUCCGUACGGGGGCCUACGUCACCAUUCCUCAAGUUCUCGACGCUUUCCCAUCCUCCAGGCCACCUCUUGAUUUCCUCCUUUCUGUCCUCAACCAGCUCAUGCCAAGAUUUUAUUCGCUUUCCCAGGACCCUAUGGUUUCUUGUCAGCGGGACGGCACGCAAUGUCGACGGCUUAUUGAAAUUGCGGUGUCGGUUCAUGAAGCUGAAGACUACGCUACGGGCAAGAGGACGGGCGUGUCGUCUGGCUUUUUGGAGAGACUAGCCCAGCAGGUUAUCCAGGCCGAGCAAGAGGGCAAAGAUCCCAAAGAGCUUGAUCUCAGAAUUCCGAUGUUCCGUGGACUGAUGGCGAACCCUCUUGCCCGUGAGUUCGUCAGCGAUGGACCGAUGUUGUUGAUCGGUGCUGGCGUAGGCGUUGCUCCAUUCAGAGGGUUUGUUCACCGACGACUGAAGUCGGCUAACUGCGCCAACAAGGUGUGGGUCUUGCAGGGCAUCCGGGACAGUCUACUCGACGAACUGUAUUCGGGUGAUUGGGGUGUGCACGAAGACAAGGUCAAGAAAGUUGUACAGUCUCGUCGCGGCGAAGGUCGAUAUGUCCAAGAAGAAGUCCGCCACCAGGCCGAUUUGGUUUGGUUCAUCAUUAACGCUCUCGACGGACGUGUCUUUGUCUGUGGAAGUUCCAAGGGCAUGGGUGAAGGUGUCGAGGCCGCGCUCGUCGACGUCGCCAUGGCCAAGGGUAAAUUGAACCUCGAUGAGGCCAAGAGCUUCUGGGCGGAGAAGAAGGCGUCAGGUCAAUAUAUUGCCGAGACUUGGUAA